UGACUCUGUGCAGGGCAGUGGGCAGUCCCCUCGUGAUGGACCCGAACAGCAUCUGCCGCAAGACCAAGAGGUUGGCCGGCAAGCAGGCCGAGCUGUGCCAGACGGAGCCGGAGAUCGUGAACGAGGUGGCGAAGGGCGCCCGGCUGGGGGUGAGGGAAUGCCAGCACCAGUUCCGCAGCCGCCGGUGGAACUGCACCAUCCACAAUAAAUACUUCGGCAAAAUCCUACAGCAAGAUAUCCGCGAGACGGCGUUCGUGUACGCCAUCACAUCGGCGGGCGUGACCCACGCGGUCACCCAGGCGUGCAGCAUGGGCGAGCUGCUGCAGUGCGGGUGCGACAGGGCUCGCAGCCGGAGCCCGCCCGUGCCCACCGCGGGCAGCGGGGCCGAGGGGACGGCCUGGGAGUGGGGCGGCUGCGGAGACGACGUGGACUUCGGCUACGAGAAGUCCAAGCAGUUCAUGGACGCGCGGAGGAAGAAGGGCAAGAGUGACAUCCGCACGCUGGUCGACUUACACAACAACGAGGCCGGGCGGAUGGAAAUAAAAAAUUACCUGAGGACAGAGUAAUGCCACGGCCUGUCGGGAUCGUGCAACCUGCGUACGUGCUGGAAGAAGAUGCCCAGCCUGCGGGAGGUGGGCAACAGGCUGCUGGACCGCUUCAACGGGGCCUUCAAGGUGAUGGGGGGCAACGACGGCAAGACCCUGAUCCCCAUGGGGCAGAACAUCAAGACCCCCGACCGGCUGGACCUGGUCUACAGCGCCAACUCGCCCGACUUCUGCCUGGCCAACCGCAAGACGGGCUCGCCGGGCACGAGGGGCCGGGCGUGCAACAGCACGGCGCUGGACCUGAGCGGCUGCGACCUGCUGUGCUGUGGCCGCGGGCCCCGGGACCAGACGGUGGUCCUCCAGGGGAACUGCCUGGUCCGCUUCCACUGGUGCUGCGUGGUGCAGUGCAAGAAAUGCACCGUCCGCAAUCACCUCAGCCUCUGCUUGUGA